UUAAAACCUGCCAUCAACAACAACCAGCCCCGUCAGUUGUUUAUCGUUCAGUGGGACAUAUUGAUCAAUUGGAAAGAGUUAUAAUACAUUAAAUAAAUUAGAAACCCGUUUACUUAAUCAUGAUUCGAUAUUCAUUUAAAUUUAGUUGGCUAAUUACGCUUCAGUUUGCACUUCUUCGUGUUAACUUUGCGAAUAGUGUUAGUUUGGUUGAAUCAUUUAAUGCAGGCUACGGCCAUGUAAUGCAGCCGAGUUCUCAACAGCGUGAAAGUCAGCUAAAGAUUGUAAAUGAAUGGAAAUAUUUAGACUUUGAAUAUCCAACUUUUGUCGAACGCCAACAAGCCAUUAUGAAUGGAGACUUUAUACCGAAAAAUAACCUUCCUCUUGGCAUUGACAUUGACGUGCAAAAAAACCGACUAUUUAUUACUACGCCUCGUUGGAAAGACGGCGUACCCGCAAGUUUAAGUACGAUUCCGUUCCCGACGAGGGAAUUAAGUCCAGCAAUUAAACCAUAUCCAGAUUGGAAAGCUCAUGGAAAUCCAUAUAAUCCAGACUGUUCUAAACUGAUAUCGGUAUAUCGCACUACCGUAGACUCAUGUAACCGACUCUGGCUUAUUGACUCUGGUAUUGUUAAUGCCACAAUCAACAUUAAUCAAAUUUGCCCGCCGAAAAUAGUUGCUUUUGAUCUAGACACAGACCAAAUGAUCGUUCGAUAUGAUUUGCCUAAAUCGCAGGUUAAAGAGGAUUCUCUGCACUCCAAUAUCAUUGUUGAAGUGGGGGAGCGCUGCGAAGACGCACAUGCAAUUGUAGCAGACGUAUGGCGGUUUGGUCUCGUUGUUUAUAGCUUGGCGAAGAAUAGAAGCUGGCGAGUCACUAACUACAAUUUUGCACCAAAUCCAGUGGCUUCUGACUUUAAGGUAUAUGGAUUGAACUUUCAAUGGCUGGAUGGUGUGUUUGGGAUGAGUAUAGCUUAUGAUCUUCAGAGUAAGCAGCGUGUGCUUUAUUUUCAUCCAAUGGCUAGUUUUAAGGAAUUUAUAGUAUCGACCGAGCUCUUGCUAACCGAAUCAUUAUGGGAAACUAAUAGUCAGGACAACGCCCAAUAUUUCUUUUCAAUUGGUGAUCGCGGAUACAAUGGUCAAUCCUCCACAUCUGGUAUUGCUAGAAAUGGUGUAAUGUUCUAUACACAAGUUCACCGAGAUAACAUUGGCUGCUGGGACACAGCCAAACCAUAUACGAGGGCCAAUUUGGGAAUGGUCCUCGAUCCGGAUGUCUCCCCAACGCUCAUUCAGUUCCCUAACGACUUGAAGGUGGACGAUGAAAAAAAUCAAAGCGUGUGGAUAAUGAGCAAUCGCUUGCCCAUUUACUUAUAUAGCCAAUUGGACUAUUCAGAAAUAAAUUUCCGCAUUUUAAAGGGUGAUGUCAACAUGAUGAUUAAUAGCACUAUGUGCAAUCCAGUCAACAUAUACGGUAAUGGAUCUAAAUCUGCUAUAGUUUCAAUAGAGGAAGGACAAUGCUAUUAAACAACCUCGAGUUUAAUUUAAUAAAAAUAUAAAAGAAAACAAAAUAAACGUAAAUAUGUACAUUCUACAUACAUAUGUUUUUACGAGAUUUUAUGCAUUUUAAAGAUGCUUCACAUUAUUUAGAAGGCAAUUAUGCAGAUUUUCGUUAGUGAAUUUAUCUGCCUUUGAUAUUAAGAUAUGCAUACAUAAAUAUUUACUUGCUCAGAUUAUUUGCUUACCCGCUCGUAUAAAUAUAUUAAUAUUUGCA